UUUAAAAGCAGGUUAGGAAUCUUGUGCUAACUGCCUUUAACUACUCAAAGCUCUUCAAACAAUCCUUAUGGCAUAGCUCUGAAGAUUGUGUACAUUUUUGAAAAAAAGGUAGCUACAAGUGACCUCCAAUUAUGGCCAUUUCCCAAUCCACAGUUCACAACCUCCAAAAUUUGAAAAUUGGAAUAAAAUUUACUCUUGCAGAAUCAAUGUGGGGGGGGGGGGGAGGAACAUAAGUAAAUCUGUGAGGCUAACACUAGUUAAAUCAGGGGUAUUGGCCAUAGGAACUCAGUUUCUAUCGAUUGGAUUUAGAUGAUUAACACCAGCUUUCUACAUUACCUUUUUGCAUUAGGUCUUCGGGUCAAGAUGGCAUCAAGCUGUAAUGUCCAUUGAGGUUGUGGCUCAGAUUUAAGUUGUUUUUAGAUUUGUAGGGUUUUGGGGUCAGCACAGGAGUUAGAGGUUAGAUUAGGAUUUAUGGACAGAGAUAAGGGAGUGUUACAGAUCAGAUUCAAUAAAUGAAGAGUUAGAGGCUGGAACCGGAGGUCAGAGCACAUUGGAUUUAAAGGCCAAAAAUCCCAAGUACACAGAUUGGGUCGGGAGCACUGAGAAUGAAAAGCAGCAAUCCCUGUGGACGAGGGUGACAGGCGUCAAGGUCAAUGAAUCCCGACUCAGAAGUUGGUGGCCAGAGCAGACAGCAGGAGUGGAAGCACAAGGUUUUGCUACAUUCUCCAGAGAUACUGUUCACGUAUUCUAGUUAGUAAUGGAACAGUACACAUCCAAUAACAGCAAUUCUACAGAACAGAUCGUAGUUCAGGGACAAAUUCAGCAACAGGGUCAGCCUUUAAUGGUCCAAGUCAGUGGUGGUCAACUAAUCACAUCCACUGGUCAGCCUAUCAUGGUUCAAGCUGUGCCUACAGGUCAAGGGCAGACAAUUAUGCAAGUUCCUGUCUCUGGAGGGCAGGGUAUCCAACAGAUUCAGCUUGUUCAACCAAGCCAGCUCCAGCUCCAAAGUGGUCAGACUGUCCAAGUCCAAAACCAACAAGGUCAGACACAACAAAUUAUUAUUCAACAGCCUCAGGCAGCUGUUACAGCAGGACAAACACAGGGUCAACAGCAAAUAGUGCAAGGACAGCAGGUAGCACAGACUGCAGAAGGACAGACAAUUGUCUAUCAGCCAGUUAAUGCAGACGGCACCAUACUCCAACAAGUUGCAGUCCCUGUUACAGGCAUGAUCACCAUUCCUGCUGCCAGUCUAGCUGGGGCCCAAAUUGUCCAGACAGGAGCCAGCACAAGCACAACAAAUAGCAGCCAGGGCACUGUAACGGUAACACUACCAGUCACUGGAAGUAUGGUCAAUGCAGGCGGUAUGGUGAUGAUGGUACCAGGGGCGAGCACAGUUCCAGCUAUGCAGAGAAUUCCCUUACCAGGUGCAGAACUACUGGAAGAAGAACCGCUAUAUGUAAAUGCUAAGCAGUAUCAUCGAAUCCUAAGAAGAAGACAGGCAAGAGCCAAGCUAGAAGCAGAAGGCAGAAUCCCAAAAGAAAGGAGGAAAUAUCUCCAUGAGUCACGUCAUCGCCAUGCAAUGCAACGAAAGCGCGGAGAAGGAGGACGCUUUUUUUCUCCCAAGGAGGGUGAUGAGAUAAAACACCAGCAGCAGAGUGAAGAAAUAAUGGGUCAGGUGAUCAGGGUGGCUUAAGUCUCUGCCUUGAGCUGUAUUGAAACAAGAAAUUAAAAUUGACAGUCACUCCUCAGUCCACUAUUCCUACAUUGACUGCCUCAUCUGCCUUCCUGAAACAAAUGGAGUUUUUACACAUGGACAAAACAUGCCAAUAGAGAAAGGACCUUGAAUAACUUUGUAGGCCAAAUGGAGGAAACCAAUUUUAAAACUGUUUUCAAUUUUGAUGGUAUGUAGUCUUCAGGAUAGAGAAGGGGAAACUGAUGAUACUUCAAAGUUGUGGAGUACAUCCUGUAAGUUCAUAAGUUAAUGAAGGACUCUGUGGAGAGGGGAAGAAGAUAUUAUGGAAUGUGUGGAUUUAAGGUAUCCUCUAGUGGCUGAAUGGAGUGAGUUUUGUUAAUCCAUAUGGUAUGUUAUUAUGAAAACUACAUGAUUUUGUAUUUUUUCCAGUGUUAAUUAAGAGAUUAUGUGUUUUUUUUAAAAAGGAAACUUCAUUCUGUGUACAUGAUGCAAAUACUUGGUAAAAUGUAGCAAAAUAACACUGCUCCCUGAGACAUUGGGCCAUUUUGGAAAAUUAACAAGUUUAUUUGUCAGAAAAUGCAAGUUUGGUGCAAUCCAUUGUUUUAAAUAUGUUUGUAAUGUACCAAGUUUUGAAAUGUGGCAAUGUGUUAUGGACAUGUAAAUGUAGCAUAGGAGCUAACACUGAGUCAUGCAGAACUAGGUAGCCUCAACAUAGGCACAAUUAUACAUUCAGCAAAGAGAAUCCACAGAUGGUGGUGUAGUGGCAUUAGCACCUGGCUUAGAGGCAAGUGGCAAGUUUAAAUCCAGCUGGCCCCUUGCACGCUUUCCAUCCGUGCUGGGUUGAGCAGUGAGCUAGCAACUCAGCCUCAAAAAAAAGUCAAAUGCUGUAGAAACAGCAAAAAUGCUGCCUGAUGUGCCACAGGGCAUGAAAAAGUAACAACAAAGAGAAUCCAGAGUAUUUACCUACAGUUCUUCUUCCUGCCUAAUGUCUAACGUUGAGCAAAGGAUGGCUACCUGUUUUUGUUGCAAGAGUGAAACUGCAGUAGGCUACCGCCAAUGAACUGGCACUUCUGUAGAAGUUGUGCUCUGAGAGGAAGGAAAGAUGAGAUGUAUCCUUAAAUUCAAAAUUAACUUAAUAAAGCUGAAUUGCCUUGGCCAUGAUUAUACCUGCUACUAUUAUAGAACAGGUUCCACUUUGACAUACCAGUUACAUCCCAACAUUUAGAGAUAAAAAGAUAGUGUGCUGUCUCCUUAAAGCUAUUGCAAGUUGAUUUAAGGUAUAUUGAGGGGUCAGAGUUCAAGAAUUGCCUUACAAGAAACCAUUGUUUGUAUUUGACCAGGUGGUACUUGAGGACAGCAGAGCAUCAACAUGGAACCUUUAGCCUGAGGUUUUAUUUAGUUUAAAAAACAACAGAAAUCAAUUUUCAGAUCCUUAAAGCAAUACAUUCCAAAACAUGCAGGAAUAUUCUAAACAGCCAGAUAUUGCCAUUUUACCCUUGCAUCAUUUAACUUUACAGUGACUGGGAAAUACUGAAACUCAGUCUUAAGGGCUUUGUAUAUCAGGUAGAACAUUUUAAUUGUUGCUGAUACUUUAAAGGUCAUGCAGGUUAUAAAUAUUUCAACCAAUGCAUUUAAAUGAGCGGAACUUGUUUUUGUAUAUAGGUUACAGAUUUAUAAUUUUAUAUACAGCAUUUGGUUUGUAAGCAUGAAUUUCAAUUUAGCUGUAGGAAAAGAGUACUGUGUACGUGUUUCAGCUAAUAAAACUAUGCCAUUUUA